AUGCCCAUGUUAGUUCCUUCAGAAGACAUCCUGUUUCACAAGGAAGCUCGCAAGCACCGAGUGAGACCAAUCAUUAAAACUAAGUCUCGAGAAGAAGUCCUCAAGGUUGCUGCCUCGAAGAAAGCUGAAGCUGAGGCCAUUGGAUGUGCUGCUGCCAUAGUUGCCGGGGAAGAUAGGCGAUUGUUGCCUCAUCUUCCUACUAUCAAUCCUAUCUUUCCUCCAGUUAGGGAGCACAUUGGGCAGAAAGGUGAUCCUAGUUCUAGCAGCAAGGGUAAAGAUAAAGAAGAGGUUGGCAGUGUCCCUUGGAAGGAUUUGAAGGUUGCCAUGCGACCAAAGGACUUUGGGUAUAUCAACAAUUGCCUGGCAGGGCGUCGAUUCACUUUCGAUGAGCUCGGAGAGCCUUUAGCUAAAGAUGAAUCGGAUUGUGACCGGAUGUUGAAGCUGUCUUCAUAUGUCAUGACUGAGUAUCACGACAGACUGCGAGAGGCUGAGCGGUGCAAGGUGAAACUGAAAGAGAAUAAGCAGCUUGUGAAUGAUGCCAGGAAGACGAGCAAAGCUUUGGCUAAGGCCAUUGAAGUCAGGGAUCAACAUUUUGAGAGUUUGAAGAGGCGGAAUGGUGAGAACUUGAGACUCAAAGUACAGUUGGAGGCGACUAAGAAACAGUUGGAGACAACUUUGCUCGAGGUUUCCAAGGUUAAAGGGGAGUUGGAUAGUGCCUUGGUUGAGGUUUCUGAGCUGAAGAGUAGUAUCCCGACUGAGAAGGAAGCUGCUGUGAAGGAGUUCUUGGGUUCCCCGGCCUUUCUCCAUGUCCUUAGACCUCGCUGUACCCGGGAAGUUCACUUUGAAAAAAGGAAAUGGAUGGCUGUCCUUGAUCGUUAUGAUGAUGGAAGCGUUCUUCGAAAAUAUCGUGAAGAAAUAGAUGAGCAUCAUCGAAAAGGUGAAACCUUCAACCUUGCCGUUUAUUCUAGCAGUGCAGAUGAGUCUGGUGAUGAGGCUAGUGCUGAUGAGCAGAGUCAUCAGGGUGAUGAUGAGUUUGGAAAUGCAGAAAAUGGCGGUAGGACUCAUAGUGAUAUGAUCAGGGGUUCAACCUCAGAUGAGGAUGACUAGAAGUGCUUUCACUUUCUGCAUGUACUCUACCUACACUAGUUUGUUGUUUGUAUGGCAUGUGCCAUGUUAUAAGCCUGAGAGUUUUUUU